CUUUUAGCUUAUUUAGCCCUCGUUGAAAACCGCUCUUUGUUUAUAUUUUAUGUUGCUCGUCGCAGAUUAGUUGAGUUUUUAAUCAAAGUUUGCUUUUCAAUAAAAUUGAAUGAUGGAGAUUGAAAAUUUCCAAACGAUCGUUGCCGAUUUGGAAAAGGGUCUGACCAGAAGUUAUGAUGUAUUAGUAUCAGUAUUGAGGCUGCAUAACAACCCAGAAUCUACCGACAAAUUAGAGGAAAGGUUUCUGUUGAACCUUUUGAAUCAAGUUCAUUUCAAUGUUGUUCAAUUGAAUAGAAGGUAUUCUGCUCUGGUCUUUGAACUUUUGAAAUUGGACUGGCUCUCACUAUCAAAUGAGUUCCAUGUUAAAUACACCUCGUUUGCUCUUGACCUUAUUUCCGCCCACACAGCUUUCUACAUGCAUGAGUUCAUGAAAACUAUCAUUCAGAACUUCAAGCCCAAACCCAAGUAUGAACAAAUGGCCUUGCAAGGUAAUUUAUCUGACGAAGAAAUAAAUAGAGAAAAUUUGAUGUUUGAAAAAAAUCACGAGCUGUUGGAGAUGGUUUUCCAGAUUGUACCUAGUGCAUUGAUGGUUCUGCCAAGUCUAGUUCCUUAUUCGUUUCCUCAUUAUCGGUUGGCAUCUAAUCAUUGCCAGGUCUGCUUUGUGAGGAACAUGUUCAGAAUGAUGAAAUACACUCCUACAAUGAAAGUUCUCAUUCUGCAGUGGAUCUUCAAACACAUCAUCCAGUUCGACGCUGAGGCUUCAAGACAGGAAAUAUUGGCAUCAGAAGACGAUGAUGAUGAUGAGGAGGUUGAAGAAAUUGAAGAUGGAGUGUUUCCAGUGCCCGUGAAAUCCAGCGAGCCGAAGAUGAAGUUGGUGGUGGCAGACAUAAUGGAUUGUUUGAUGCUUGUCGUCUACCAGUACAUCAUGGAUAGCUGUUAUGUUAAUGGCACAUUGAAUUGGGAAGAAACAAAGAAAUUAUAUUUGGAUUUAUUAAAAUGUUUUGAUUCUUUGCUACUGACAACAUUUAAGACUUGCCACAUUCAGUUCGUCCUCUUCUACAUAUGCAGCUUCAAAUCUGAGAUUGCAGAAAACUUUGCUGAGUUUCUCUGGAAGAAAGUAAUCAGUCCGAACAAUGAGGUCAUGUACAGACAGCUGUCUGCCAGCUACCUUGGCAGCUUUCUGUCCAGGGCCAGCUACAUAUCUGUCGAGACCGUGAAGCAGCAGCUGUUGACGAUGGUCGAAUGGAUACACAGGUACAUUGACAACUGCACCGACAACACGAACAAACCUGACGUCCAUCGACCUUUCUACUCUGUCUGCCAAUCGUUCUUCUACAUCAUCGUCUUCACGCACAAGAACAUCAUAGACACACCAAAAGGUCAAAAAUUCUGCAUGUCUCUUCACCUUCAGAAAAUAUCAUCAUGUCGACUCAAUCCACUCAAAUUCUGCCUGCUUUCUGUUGCUGAAACAUUUUGCGCUGUCGUCAGAAAUAACCAAAUAGCUUUCUGCGACACUGUCCUCGAGAAAAAUCGACGGUUGAAAAUGUCCGAGAUGUCCAAGAACAGCGACGGAGGAUGUAGCAGUAGCGUUGGCACCUCGUCAAACUUCCUCUUGUCGUAUUUUCCAUUCGAUCCAUAUCUUCUAGUUAGGUCUGGUGAGCUCGUCAAGCCAUUAUACAAAGAAUAUGACAACAGUCUUUUAAAUGAGUGCACUGUCAAUGAAGAUGUCAUAUCUGAGGAGAUGGAUUAUUUAGAAAUUGACCAGCUGCCACCAUCGACGACGGUAGCCACGACAUUAGCCACAUCCCCUGCACGACUCAUCCCGACAUCGCCACGACGAACGAACAACUUUGCAUUCUCACCGAAACUCACAGACUACUUCAUUUACUGCACUUCGCCUGGUUUUACGCAUCAAACAUCAAGCAACUAAUUAAUUUAACUUUUUAGGGUUAUUGUUUAUUGGUUUGUAAUCUUUGGACCAGUUUAUAUUGGUGUCAUUGUGAUCGUUAUAGUGAUUAUGUUAGUUAUAUAAAACGUUUAGAAACUCUUUUUAAUGAUGAAUUUGUGUUUUGAUGCUGAAGUCUAUCAAGUUAUAUUUAUUACUGUAUGAAAAUUAAAGGGAUGACCAGAAAUUUAAAUGCGCUCUAUAAGUCUUGACUUAAGAAAAAUAGCUAUUUCUAUUGUAAAUAAUUACUGUAGCCACAGUUUGUAAAUAUUUCGGUUGUAACGUGUCACAUUUUAUUUUUUUUUUAAUUUUUUGAAUAAAAUAAGUUACAGAAAAUUAAAUCUUGGACACUCUUGUAUGGUCAGCCAAAUCUGUUAACAUCUAUCUAGAUUGAGUGCUCUCAUUGUAUUGUAAAUCUUCAUUUUAUGCCACUAAACCGCUGAACAAAGUACUCUAACUCUAAAUUGUUAGCAAUUUGCCUGUUAGUGCCACAUUUUCUUAUAUUUAAACAAAUUUUUACCGGUAUUUCUCAUUUAAACGGUUAAUAUUUGUCUUUCCGAAAUGUUGAAAGAAAACCACCAAUGUUUAUUUGUAGUAU